UACCCCUUCAUCAUCAUCGACUUUUUUCUAACUUUUGACUCAUUUAUAUGACGUCAGUGUGCGUGUCGCGCAUGUGGGUGUGUUAAAUCUAUUGCCAUUAAUACCUUAAGUGUUCCCGUGCGUGUGCGCGUGUUGCGCAUGUCACUUGAGCUGAUUGAAUGUAAACAGUCACAGUCGAGCCUCUUCCGAAGCCAUGAGCCGACCGGGUUUUGGCGAGACUUCAUCCCCGAGUUUCUUCUCCAGCAUGCCAGGGGAUGGAUGUCCCCCUGCACAGUUAAGCGACGAGGACAAGGACAAUUUAAGGUUCGAACUUGCCAAGAUGGAGGAGGAAAUUCAGACUCUCAGGCAGGUGCUACUGACCAAAGAAAGGUUUGCUGCAGAUAUCAGGAGGCAGCUGGGUAUGGGCCCUCUCACUAGCUUCAAGGAGAGCCUGUCCAAAGGCUGGCAGGACGUGCAGACCUCCUCCCCAUAUCUCUCAGCUUCUGCAGUUCUGGAUGACAUCAACAACUCCAACGUAUGCGUGAGGACCAAGGAAGGUCUCACUCAUGCAGGUCAUGUGACCUCUUCUGCAUUGUCCAACGUGGGCGUGGUUCUCACCAGAAGGCUGGCGGCGAUGAGAGCUCUGCCCCUUCCAAGCCCACCACGCACGUUGAGCCACACCAUGAGUGUGCCAUCUAUGAGACACUCCUCUACAUUCAAGUCUUUUGAGGAAAUGGUCGACGGUGUGAAGAGGAGAAGAUGACCUUGACAAAGAAUGGCCAAGCUGGCUUUGAAAGGAGAACCCCCCCCCCUCCACCCGUGCUUCUGCACAUGAAAUCUUUCAAAUUGUUUUGUCUGUUUGUGAAACAGCAAAGCGCAAACAUAUGAAAAGAGUUUCUGCUCAAUGCUUCAAUCCAUUCUGUAAAUCUGACUUUGUUUACGACACUAUCCCCAAAAAAUUGAAUAUUUAUAACGGUUUUUUGUACUUAAAUAUUUUUCAAUUAAAGUCAAAUGUGUUACAAAUAGUGAAUAAAAUGAAGUCCAAAAGUGUGUUUGAUUCAUUCCAAGCCUGAUUUGCUCAAUCCAAAAUAUGUCGUGGGUGUUAUUUUAUUUCUUACUGUAGUAUUCGGUAUUGUAUUGCUUUUAUUAACACAACCAUCCAUCCAUCCAUCCAUCCAUCCAUCCAUUUUCGUGCAUAUACUCAUUGUACUGACUAUCUGAAUAUUGUAUUUUAUUCUUCUGUAUUGUUAUGUUACGUGUUACAUCUUGUGUAUCUUAAAUAGAUUGCACAGACUUUUGGUGGUCAACCUUGUUUUUAAAUGUGGCUUUUGUCAAAUAAAUAAAUGGGGAACAUUACAA